UAAUGACAUAUUUUAAUAAAUCAAGUAUAAGAAAAAGAGCCAAAUCAUCAUUGAAUUAUGUUGUAUCUGCGAUGUAACAGAAUGUGGAAUAAUUACACAACAUUUCAAAUGAUAGUCUGAACACCCACGUUAUGGAAGUAUUUGAAUAAUAAUAGAAGGAUGAUCAAGUUAGAUACAAAAUUAUUAAUAAAGAAACAACUAUUGGAGAUUCGAAUAAGUCAUGAAAAUGAGAAAUAUGAAGAAACUCUAAAAAAUUAUUAGCAAAUGUUAUAAAAGUUAGAAUCAAUGGAAUAUAGUUAAAAAGAAUACGUUUCACAAAUGAAUUAAUUGACUAAAUAUUUAAGAGAGAUUGUGUAAUAAAACAAUGAAAUUGAGAGUGCUUAUGAUGAAAAAUGUAAAGAAUAUGAUAGUUUUAUAUAAAUAAAUAAUUAAUAAAUGAAAUAAAUAAUAGAUUCAGAAGGGAAUGAAGCUAUGUUAAAUACUGGAGAUUUAAUUUAAGGUCGAUUUCGUAUUGGGGAUCUUCUUGGUGAAGGUUCAUUUGGAUCUGUCUUUAGGAUUUAUGAUACUAAAAAUAAUAAUGAAGUCUUGGCAAUAAAAGUAGAAUAAGAAUUGGAGGAGGAGGAAAGCAUGUUAGAAAGAGAAAUCAAAAUCAUGAUGGAAUUGAAGUAUAUCACUUAAGCACUCUAUUCUGUUUAGAAAAAAGCCUGGGUUCCCAUAGAUAUUGUACUAUGGAUAAGAGAAUCAUUUUGUUUAUUACAUUAUGAAUAUGCUUGGACCUAAUCUUGAAAUUACUAGCAAGAAAUGUGGAGGGUCUUUCUCUAUUGUAACUAUGUUGAGAUUAGCAAUUCAGGUAUAUGAGUAUUGUACUGUUUAGUUUAGAUGCUUAGCCGAAUCGAAACGUUGCAUUCAAUGCGUCUCAUUCAUAGAGAUAUUAAACCAGAUAAUUUUGUUUUAGGAUUUGGAUAAUAAUAAAAUAUAGUUCAUCUCAUUGAUUUUGGAUUGUCUAAGUUUUAUUUAAAUUCAAAAGGUGAACAUAUAAAAUAAGUACGUAAAAAAGGAUUAAUUGGAACAGCGAGAUAUGCUAGCAUUAAUGCUCAUAAUGAAUUUGAAUAGAGUCGUAGAGAUGAUCUAGAAAGCAUAGCUUAUAUCUUGGUUUAUUUAGCAACUGGAACACUACCUUGGAUGAAUUUAUAAAUUGAAUAGAAAGAUCUCAAAUAUGCUAAAAUAUUACAUUUAAAAAAAUUAACAGCUCCAGAUAUUGUAUGUAAAAAUCUACCAAUAUGUUUUACUAAAUUUCUAACUGCUGUUCGUAAAUUAGAUUUUAUCACAACUCCUGAUUAUGUUGCUUAUAAAAAACUAUUUCAAAAUGAAUUAGAAAAACAUUAAGGUCAACCCUAUUAUGAUUGGGAAGUAGUAGGAGAUAAUUCAACAAAAAAGAAGAGUAACACAAUGCAUAUUAUUCCAGUAUUAAUUAUUAUUAAAUUAAAAGGAACAAAUAAAAUAGAAUAAUAAUCCAAAUAAUCUACAUAAUAAUAAUGGAAAUAGCAAUGGAUCAAAUAAAAAUACUAUCACUUAUGGUUAGGAUCAAAUUGUUGAAGGUGAUAUAGAUAAGAAAUUGAAUUUGUAGAUUUCAACUAAAGGUGUUGAUAAUAAAUAAUUUGAAAGGUUUGAAUAGAUUUUGCAAUAGAAUCAGAAAAAAUAUUAUAAAAUGAAUAGUUCAAAGAAGCAAAACUCUGGGAGGACUAAAAAACCUGUGAUUGUGAAUGUUCUUGAACCAGACGUAUUAUAUGUUUAUAUUAUUUAGAAAUAAAUCCAAUAACAAUAAUAUGAAUAAGUUUAUGAUGAAGUACAAUACAUAGUUAAAUCAGCUAAAUUUUUGUAACCACCUUCAACUCCUAAUGUUGGUAAUUCCUCUUCAAUAAUAAAUCCAUAUUAUAUUCCAUCUCUUAAUACUUCAUAAGUGAACAAUUAUGAUUGGAGUGAAAGUUAAGAAAUAAGUAAUGAAGGCACUCCCUUAUGGUGUAUGUAUGUUGAAAAAGAGAGACAAAAUGUGAUGACUGGAAUUUAAACAAAAAAGAAGAAUUCCAUUAAACAUAAUAGUUUUAGUGUUCUAUCAUAUCCGAUUCAAAACCAAGUAAAAGGAAGUGAGGAGGAAAUAUUUGAUAUUGAAUGA